AUGGCUUCCAGCACCGUCAAUGACGCCGUGGCGCUCUACAAGAUGCUCAAGACGGAGUGGGACCGUCCGGCGCACAGUCUGGAGAAGUGCGAGGGCCUCCUCGCCAAGCUGAAGAUCUACCUGACGAAGCUCUCCUUCCUGCCGAUCCUCAGCUCCGGCCUCUCCAAGCAGGAGCUGGUCAUCGCUCGCGAUGUGCUGGAGAUCGGCGCCCUUCACUCAAUCGAAACGAAGGACAACGCCUCAUUUGAGCGCUACUUGGCGCAGCUGAAGUGCUACUACUUUGACUACAGCUCCGAACUGCCCGAAUCGGCCUACAAGUACCAGCUGCUGGGGCUCAACUUGCUCUGUCUGCUCUCGCAGAACCGAGUCUCCGAGUUUCACACGGAGCUGGAGCUGCUGCCGUUGUCCGAGAUCAAGAACAACGUCUACAUUCGCCACCCGGUCUCGCUGGAGCAGUACCUGAUGGAGGGCAGCUACAAUAAGAUCUUCCUCUCGAAGGGCAACGUCCCCUCGAAGUACUACACCUACUUCAUCGACCUCCUGCUGGACACCAUUCGCGUCGACAUUGGCGGCUGCAUUGAGAAGGCCUACGAGCGCAUCAGCGAGACCGAGGCCGCCCGGCUGCUGUUCUUUGAGCCCGGCAAACCAGGCCUGGCCGAGUACGCCGCCCGGCGCAAGUGGACGCUGAACGGCAAGCGCGAGUACAACUUCAACGACGCCGCGAAGAGCAAUUCGAACCAGCCCGGUCAGCACAAGAAGGUGCCCGCCGACGCCAUUGCCCUCCAGGUGCUCGACUACGCCCGCGAGCUGGAGAUGAUCGUCUAA